AUGUCUUUCGAUUUGAUAACACCAUUCCGCGUUGCUGUUGACCAGCAGCCUAUGCCCAUUCGCAACGAGGGAUUCAAGCCCCUCGCCCUUCCGAGUGAAGAGGAGGACGUGGUCAUAUACCCACGCACCUUCGCCUCGGACCAUCUCCCCGCUGACCCCAGCUUCUCUUCCACCUCUACUCCAAAUCCCGACGACGACAUAGAGAAUGUCGCUCCUUUCCGUUUUACGUUCCUCGGACCAGCUGACGGGUCGUCGAAGGCAUCGGACGGCUACCAACAACACAAUUAUACCCCGAGCUCAUCGGUUCUGAACAUCCUCGUUCCAGAGCCCAAGGCGCGAGAAGCGCGCGCCCCAUUCCGCGUUCUACACGAGAAGCCGACAAAACGAGAGGCAAGUUCGUUGUAUACCGUCUCUCAGAACAUGCCUCUAUUCCCGCUGUCCUCUCUGUCUAAGAGCAUAUUCAACUCUCCGCGCCGUCGUGCCGUGUUUUCCGCAGAAGAGAAGAGUCUCGUGCAUUCCUUGAUUCGCUGCUGA